UGCGCGGGGCGCCAGUCUGCCCCGGUAUCCAAGGGCAAGGAGGUGGAGGAGAAGCCGGGCGGUGGGAGAGGUCCUGAGGGGUGAAGCGGGACGCGGCGCGGUGGAGCGUUGCUGGACGGGUGGCGGCGGCGGCGGCGACGACGAUGAUGAUGAUGAUGAUGAUGCUGGCGGUGGUGGAGUAGGAGGUGGUUCUGGCGCCGAGGCCGAGCUACGGGGCUGCAGUUGCUCUCAGUGGCGGUGGGCUGUGUACAUGCAUGGCUGGUGCAGUGAAUUGCAGGCAGAGUGCAGCCAGGGGACUGGCAACGCUUGGACUCAGGCAAUGGAAACCCAGCAGUUGCACUCUGAUCAGGAUCAGAGGGAUUGACAGCAGCACCCACUACAGUUGCUACUAUCCGAUCAGGAAGCAGGAUUCCUCCUCUCGCUGCCGCGUGCAGAAGUUCGAGAUGUGUCAUGGCAGAUUCUUUCGGCAUAUCAGCACCACCUCAUGGACUACGCCCGUCUGCGUGUGGCACCAAAACAAAAGACAGAUAGGCGUGGAGAACUACACGGCAGCAGAUCGCAGUCCAAGCCUUGUGGCUCGCGACUUGCCUUGCUCCCAAUUCCUUCCCAGUGGUUCUUUGCGCAGUGCUUGCAUUCAAGGGACACACCCAGGUGAUGUGCAUCUCCAGUCCCUCGUCUGUAUCCCGGAUCAGAAGAUCAGCAUGCAGGUGAUCGUGCAUAGCCAGGGCAGGGAGCAGGCGGCCCUCGUGGAGAAGUCCUGCGCAGGUAUGGAGCAAUUGGUGGCCUCCAGGAUAGAAAGUGGGGCCUGUGAGCUGGAGGAGUGCCUUGGUGCCGAGCAAGCAAGGGCACUUCUGCUUUCCCAUCUCUUGGAUUCAAUCACCACGGUUGACGGGCGCAGUACAGAUGACAUCGCCGUAGAGCAUCGCUCCAUGUCUGACUUUCACGUGAGCCCAGUAAGUGAGCCAGCAGCUGAGGGCAUCCCUGAGACACUGGCGGGGAGUUUUGCGGGGGCAGAGGUGCCCACUGUAGGCAGGCCGGCUUCCCUGAAAGAGGAGUCCCUGGACAAAGUGGUGAACCCUUGGGACGUGAGCGAGGGGCACCUGGACUCUUUCAGGACUCUGUUUGACAGCGAGUGCUGUCGGGUGCCGUACCAUGCAGGCCUUGAACAUCUAACUGUGACUGCACCUCAGCUCCGGGAGCUAGCCUUUCGCAGAGCAGGGGAGCUGAAGAGCACAAACCCACAGAAGGGGGAGCCCAGUAUGGAGGAGCAUCUUGCUGUCCUUUACGAAAAGCUGAGGCAGGAGUUGCCGAACUUCUUCCUGAAGCCGCACGAUUAUGAGAUGUACUCCAGGGACGUGGAAUUCAUCAGCGCAUUUCCGCGGAUCAAGAUACAGGGCCGAAGCAUCUAUCGGGUACUGGUGACGUUGUCUCGAUUCAUUGCCUGGAAUUACUGUGCCGACCUUCAGAUGGAGGUGAUGAAGAUGACGCAGCAUCUGGAGGACUGGACGGUCCAAGUGCGCUGGCGGGUGACGGGCAUCCCACUCCACGUACUGAUACUGAGGUUUUACAAGAAGGACAAGACUGAACUAUAUAGAACCUAUGAUGCAUAUUCUAUCUUUUACCUGGGCCCUGAUGGACUUGUUCACCGGCACAAAGUCAGCAAGAUGAUUCCGACCCAGCCCCCCAUUGCCAAGGUGAAGAGACUGCUGAUUGGAGCCCUGGUUGCCCUGGGACUGGAGGAACACCGCCCGGCAUUGAACUUCCUCUUUGCUCAGCUUGCUGACAAAGUGGGGCAGAAACAAUGCUGAGCGUGCUGGGGGGGCGGUGUUGGGGGUGGGGUAAGGAGGUGAAGAGCACAGUCUGCACUGUCAGAAAUACAUCCACGCAGAGCUCACUGUGACAACACCGACACCUCACACCUCCGGGCUUCUUCUGUUGCUCCCACGACUUGGGGCAUUUGGAAAUCCCUUCCGUCCGUAUCACGUGCUCUGUACCAUGUUUGUACUGAAUCUAACCCGGUGGAGAGAACUUUUGGCUGAAAAGACUCCAAUCUGAUGGGUGAGGGGUGUGUCAGACCACAUGUUGAUAAUAGUCCUUUGUAUGACCAAAUUACUUUACGUCCUUGUAUAAAUUUCUGCCCAACAAUUGCAGGCUGCAGUGAGGUAAAAUGCCAUUGUUUUUGUUUUCCACGCGCACUGGGUGACCUCUAUGGGGUGGGUUUUUCCCCCAGUUGUUAGAGCUUGUUGGGUUGCGUCCAGUAACCUACACUUGAUGUCACCCAUUCAUCGUUACGGUGUCAUAGGUGGUAAAGCUGCUGCCUCAUAGCUUUCGGAAACCUGCAUUUGAUCCUGGCCUUGGCUGCUGUCGGCGUGUGGAGUUUGCAUGAUCCCCCUGUGACGGCGUGAGUUUGCCCCAGGGGUGCUCCGGUUUCCUCCCACAUCCCAAGGACUUGCUGAUUGGAAGGCGAGUUGGCUGCUGUAAGUUUCCCCGAGUGCGUAGGAGAGUGGAAUUGAUGGGAAUGUACGGAGAAUGAAAUGGGCUGAGUAGUGAGUGAGUUGGUCAGUGCGGUGGUCUGAGGGGCCUGCUUCCGAGCCGUAGGACUCCAUAAUGUCACAGGCGUUAAGGGUUAGAGGAGUGCUGAGGAAAGCGUACGUUACCCAAAGAGUGACGGGUGUCUGGACCUUGCUGCCUGGCAAUGAUAAGGAAACACCUGGAUGAGUGCUUAAUGAACUGUCACUACAACCCAAUAGAUGCAGUGGAUUUCACAAACAGUGACCCUGUUUGUAGUGUGAUGUCGGUUGGCUGUGGGAUAAACAGUAGCUGGGGCACCAGAGGAAUUGGCCCUACUUUUCUUGGAGAUAAUGCCACGCGAUCUGUUUGCAUCCUUCAGUUAUCAUGUAUUCAAAGGACAGCGCCUCAGCCAGUGCAGCACUCGCCCAGUACCGUAUUGGAGUGUUGGCUCAUUUAGAACACCCGGCUUUAGAUGCUCCCCACAUGGCAGCGUUCUUUCCUCUUUUACCCUUGAAUCGGUUGGCUCAAGUUGUUUGAAUGUUCCCAAAAGGAAACAAGUACACGAGAGAAAAGGGAAUAGAAAGGUACGCUAACAACUGCGAUUAAAAACCAAGGGGUGUCAGGGUGGCACAGGGAGAGCCACUACCUCCCAGCUCCAGAGACCUGGGUUCAAUCCCGACCUCCUGGUGCUGUCCACGUGCAGUUCACACGUAUUUGUGGCUGUGUGGGUUUGCACCCACAUCCCAAAGACAUGCGGAUGGGUGAGCUGGGUGGCUGCUGUAAAUUGUCCCCAGUGUGUGGUUGAGUGGUAGAAUUUUAGUGGGGUGGGCGGAGGAGAGAUGAAUUGGUUGGUGGGAAUUAUUGUAAAUGGGUGCCUGGUGGUCAGUGCAGACUCAGUGAGCUGACACUCACCAUGACGCAAGUUCACAAAAAAAUAACGGAAUGUGUGCCGAGGUUCCUGUAUUUGCUGGAUACAAGAACUGGAAAUUUUGCCCCAAUCUGUGUAAGUUUUGCUGUUACCAUUUCUCCUAUGUGCCCACUUCCCUUAGUAAGAUGGAUAAAUAUUGGGGAAUUUAUUCAUUUUAUUCACUCUCAGACCUACUGCAGAGGCAAAAUACUGUGGAAAUCUGAAACGUGAAUGGGAAUUCCUGGAAACGUUCAGUGAGUUGAGCAGCAUCAGUAGUGAGAGAAAGGAGAGUUGGUGUUUCGGGCUGGUGACUCCAGUUCCUGAAAUCGUCGGAUUGUCCCAAAUGAAGCUGAGAGAAACUGGCUUGUGAUUUUUCUUUUUUCCCCUUCUCCCCUCCCUCCACCAAGUGUUAUGAAAGCCCACCCAUCUGAACCACCAACUCCUUCUGUCCGAGAUGCUCCUGAUUUGCUGAAUAUGUCCAGGUCCCCUCUCCCAACCCCACCCCACUCUCCCAAUAGUGCUUUGUGAGGUUCAGUGCUUGAGAAUAAGAAAAAUAUCAAAACUUCAUCAGUAAGGGUUUGACUGGCAAAGAUUUUACUUUGCUUAGUGGCUUUAACUUGUCACCUUGUUCUGUGGUACCAGUACUCAAGCACAAUCUGCCUUCAACACUGCAGAGUAGAGUCGUAGCAUUGCUCUGCUGAUAGUUGGUGUCCUUUGGAUGAAAUGUUAAUUUGUUUGUUCUAGUGAAUGAUAAAGAUCCCGUGGAACUGUUUAAGGGAGAGAGUGGAGCUUUAUUGGUACACCUGUGUUGAUGUUUCUCGUUUGCUGUGUUUGGCUUCAUUAUGGAGACUACACUUCAAAAGCACCUCAUUGCUUUGGGAUGUCCUGGAAAGAAAUGGAGAAAUAGUCAUUUCCUAGCCCUGCUGCUUCAUUGUAUUUUACCUCUUGGAAUAAUUGUAUAAAUUGACCAAAUUGUGAAGGGAAUGUCUGGCACUUGUCAAUGGUGAAGGAUUUGAAAGAGCGGUGUCAUUUUAAAACCUUUCAAAGUGAGCCAGAGUUUGAGCUGUCUCUGGAGAUACUGGUGUUAUGGCACAUUGUAGAUGAGUGGCAGGAAGGUCAAGAGAGUGAAUGAGAUUUGUUUAUUGUGCUCUGAUAGUUCUGAGUACAAUGCCAGCUGUUCCCUGAUGCAGACAGCAUCACUGUGCCACUGUAUCGGCUGCCUUCUGGAUCUGUGAGACCUUGAAGCGAAAUCCACCAGUGUCCAAAGUUCUAAAGACGAAAAAGAUGGAAAUAAGUAGCAGAUUCAGAUAUUCAUCACUUAUUCUGUGUGCUUUGGCUGUGUGACUCUAUAGUGUGGAAUAAGUUCUGAUGAAGGAUUUUGCAGUUUUGAACUCUUGUCCUUCAGCAGUCGGUGGACUGUGCUCAUUGUAUUAUGGAAGGCUGUGCUGUGUCCUAAAACACUCCAUGCAGACUGUGGGUAGAGAGGGAUGAGGACGUAACUGAGCCCAUCAGAUCCUUCAGACAUCUGACGCUGUCUUUCACCCAUGGUUGUUACUACCGAGUAGAGGUUAGAGAACGGCACUGGGAAUUCUGGUUAAGUAGGACUCUUCUAACCACCUAGUGACCUACUGUGUUGGUUGUAGGUAGGGUGUUCUAGUGGGUUCACAGUCAUCAGCAAGAAGAAACUAAGUUAACGUUCAAGUCUGGAUUAUAUGUGACCCAAGGAGGGGAACUUGGUGACAAGAACAUAAUGCACUCCUGACUCCUACGGUCCCUGAUUCCCCCAGAGUCUCCCUCAAUGAGUUGGCAUCCAAAGCUCUCUGGCAUAGACAUUUCCAAAUUAUCUUCUGAGAGGAAAUUUAUCUCCAACAAUUUAGUUCCAGAUUUGCCCACCAACAAAAAUAAGAGGCAGGAGUUAGUUCCUCUUGCUUGGCUCCCAUUCAAUAAGAUCAUGUCUAAUCUUUGGUGGCUUUUCCCAAUACUAAUUCCAUAUCCUUUGAUUCCCUUAACAUCCAAAAAUACGGCGUGUGAUUGUUGAAUCCCCAUGAAGGGUUUUCCUUCACUGGUUUCACUUUACCUUGUUAUUUCUCUGUUGCUACUAUUACCUGGAAUACAUUGCUUCUUCACCAGCCUUCCUCCAGAACGCUGUUGUCGGUCACUUGAUUAUAUUUCUGCUGUGACUAUCAAACCAGGGCAAAUCUUGACUAACAACUCACAGGGCAGUUGUUCCUUAAUCUUAAUUUUUGGUUGGCCCAUGGGGUGGUGCAGCCAAACUGAAUGUAGAUCAACCAUUCCCAGUUGUCCUGGAACAGCUGUGGUGGUGACCUGCUUUGUCAAACUGUUGCCGUCCAUGUAGUGAAGUUGCUCCCACUGCAGCUCACAACCCAACAGCACUGUCCAGUGGAAUUAUCCUGUCUUUUUUUUAAAUAAAUGAUUUGAUUUGGAGGAGCCACAUGUGGAGUUGACAUAAUCAAGGCCAAUGUGUAGCAAGAUAUUUGGAUAGGAUGGGAUUGGGGAGGGCAUCAAAUAUCAGAGGAAAUUGGAUCUGGAUCUUUAAGUGACCAGAUGUAAAUGUUAGACAUGUUAUCUCCUGUUUUCACGUAAAUAAUGGUGUUAAAUCAAAGCACAUUAUGAUAUUUUUUUCCAGCUGGUUGCACUGACAGGUUGUAUUUAAUCCCAGUGAUUGAUUUGUUUUUUGGUACAUUCUAUGAAAAAUGUUUCAAAUGCCUAGAAGCAUAACUUGCAGAUGCUGGAAAUCUGAAAUAAAAACCCAAGUACUAGAAAUACUGAGCCAGUCGAGCAGCAAUAGUGGAGAGUGAAUCAGUUCAGCAUUUCUGGCCUGUGGCCUUUUGUAAGGUUUUGGCUGUUUCUCACAAGUAAGGCUGGUUUGUAAUGUGCAAUGUGAUGGUUUGUAAUGGCACCACUUUAAUGAACACAAGCCCUGAGAUUAUUUGAACUGAUAAUUCACAAAGGAACAACAUAAGUGAUGGAGAAAGAAAAGCAAAUCAGUAAAUGCUGACAGGCUUAAAAGAAAAGAUGGGUUUCUGAGAAUUCACUUGGGUGAGCUCUGUACUUUGUUGACAGAUUUUGAGGUAGAACUGUUCUUUAUACGCCUUGACCUAUAUUCAGUCCCACUGACAUUGCCCUGAAUAUUGUGCCCCGCAGAACUGGCUGUCUACCUGCCACUGUACUUCGCUGGUCCCCUGAGAAGAAUUUCUACCUAAUUUGUUCUGACACGUCUCUCCACCAUUUUAAUAAACAUUGCAAUUGAGAAGUCACCUGGCCAGCAUCUCCUCUGAAACAGUCGAAUAUUUGUCAGUACAUUUAACUAUUGGCAUCAGCAGCCAUUCCAAAGCUGUAUGGACAAGGUGCCAGUGGUGGUACCAAGCUCCAAGAAUGGGCAAUGUUGGUGAUAUUUAUAAGGGAUUGAAGUGGCCUCGAUCGCAAACCCACUCAGAAGAUGCAGUGUGCCCAGUACCAGUGAAUAUGCCACCUGGGCUUGAUGGGAGAUGGGGGCUGGCAGCUGAAAUUCUUGCAAGCGUGAUGCUUGUUUGCUUCUUUGAAAAGUGCUUUGUGUUCUUCAUGGAUGCAUGUGUCAUUGUGAACUGAUUGUAUAAACAGCUCCAUAAUUUGACUGUAUAUAGUUCUAAUAUAUAUGGGAAAAGAAUCUAUAAAUAAAAUUAAUA